CACAGCAGAAAUGUCUCCAGUAUCCAGAGAGACAAUUACAGCUGCGCAUAUUUUCCUUCGUGUGCUCUUGAACGCAACAGGAUGGCGAUGUUCUUCAGCUCCGCUCUGGCUGACGUGGCGCUUUUCCUGGUGACGUGCUACCUCCUGGUGCGGCUGUACAUCGCGCAUGCAUUCACGUACUGGGAGAAGCGCGGGGUCUACCACGUGAAGCCCACAUCAGUGUUCGGCAACCUGAGUAACAUUCUGUUCGAACGCGAGCACACCUCCGAGUGCCUGGAGCGUUUGUACAAAGAGAGCGUCGGCCAGCCAAUGGUGGGGCUGUUCGUGAUGCGGCGCCCCAUCCUGAUGGUGCGAGACCUCAGCCUCCUUCGCUGCGUCUUCGUGAAGGAUGCGCACGUGUUCCUGGACAGAAACAAGCCCAACCCCGUGACCGACGACCUGUUCACCAGGAGCCUGUUCGCGAUGACUGGUCGGCGGUGGCGCGACCUCAGGAUCAAGCUCACGCCGACCUUCACCUCCGGCAAGAUAAAGAGGAUGUUCCACCUCAUCGACGAGUGCGGCAAGAGGCUGCCGCCGUGCAUCGAGCUGGAAGCAUCGAAAGGCGAUGCUGUGGCGGUGAAAGAAGUGAUCGCAAGGUACUCCACUGACGUGAUCGCCUCGUGCGCCUUCGGUGUGGAUGCGAACGCCCUCGCCGACCCCCAGUGCGAGUUUCGGGCCGUCAUGAAGAGGAUAUUCGAGGUUUCGCCCUGGAAAAAACUUAUUGGUGUGCUGUUCUUCGUGGUGCCAUCUAUACCGAGACUGCUCAAGCUGAGCUUCAUCGACGAGGGCGUCUACGACUUCGUGCGCAGGACAUUCUGGGAGGUCGUCGACUACAGGAAGAGGAACAAGGUCGUCCGCGACGACUUCGUGGACCUCCUAGUGCAGAUCAAGCGGGAGGGGCGGGUGCGAGCCGACGAUGAUAAGGAUGCGGAGGAGAUCCAAAGAGACAGCGCCUACAUGGACAAGCUGUCUAAAACAGACAAGUCCAGUGUCGAUCUGGAUGACAACGACAUUCUAGCCCAGGCGUUUAUUUUCAUCGUUGCUGGCUUCGAGACGUCCUCCUCUGUUGUAACCCAGGCUCUGUACGAGUUGGCGCUACAUCCAGACGUACAGGAUAAGCUGAGGCGGGAAAUAAGAACAGUUCUCAACAAACACAGCAACAACGUUACAUACGACGCCAUCGCUGAAAUGCAUUACCUGGACAUGGUGGUUUCGGAAACAACGCGCAAGUACCCAACUCUUCCCACUCUGGAAAGGGUGUGUCUGGCGGACUACAAAGUUCCAGGAACUGACAUCACAAUAGAGAAGGGAACCAGGAUUUUGAUCCCUGUAAAGGCUAUACAUUACGAUCCUGAAAUAUAUCCAGACCCACAAAGGUUUGAUCCUGAAAGAUUCAGUGCCGAAAACAAAAGUAAGCGUUCGAAUUUCGCCCACCUGCCAUUCGGCGAAGGUCCACGAAUAUGCAUAGGUAUGCGGUUCGGCCAGAUGCAGGUGAAGACAGCGCUGGUGCACGUCAUCAGCUCGUACCACGUGACGCCAUGUGCAGACACCCCCAAGCCCCCGCUGCGUCUGAAGCCGAGAAGCACUGUGCUGACUCCCAAGCAAGACAUCGUCCUCGCUUUCACGAAACUCAAACCAGCACAGGGAGAGUAACUGAACAUUCCAUUACUUUUCUCUUUACAUGCUUAUUUUUAUUAAAUAAUGUACAGUAUGAAAUGCAGACUGUAAAAUGCAACGUACGUGGCAGAUGAGAGUUUUUAUUUCACUUGGUAAAUAAAGUAUAAAAUUAUU